AUGGGAGUAAUGAAGAGGAAGAGUACUAUUAGGAAAGCUUCCCUAGAUUAUCACAAAGUUUCACAUCUCUAUGAAGCCCAAGAUGCCACAGGGGUACCGGAUAUGGUUUUAUUGGAAGAUUAUACGAGUGAAGAUGCAUUUAUAGAUAAUUUGAAAAUUCGUUAUUCGCAAGAUAUUAUAUAUACAUACAUAGGAUCGGUACUUAUAGCGAUAAAUCCCUACAAAAACAUUCCCAUAUACACUCCAGAGUUUAUCAAUAAAUAUCGAGGUGUCAACUUAUUUGAAAUGCCACCACACAUUUUCGCCCUGUCUGACUUAGCUUACAGAGCCAUGAUGGGUAGUCAAAGCAAUCAAAGCAUGCUAAUUUCUGGCGAAAGUGGAGCGGGUAAAACCGAAUCCAUGAAAAAAGUUAUACUGUACAUAGCAGCAGCCAGCCAUCAUUCUCCCGAAGUUGAAAGAGUUAGAGAAAAAUUGCAAAAAUCGGUGCCAGUCCUCGAGGCCAUGGGAAACGCUAAGACAAAUAGGAAUGACAAUUCUAGUCGUUUCGGAAAAUAUAUGGAUAUCCAGUUUAAUUUUAUGGGGUCAAUAGUGGGAGCUAAGGUUACUAGCUAUUUGCUCGAGAAGUCUAGAGUCGUCUACCAAAACAAAGGGGAAAGGAAUUUUCACAUAUUUUAUCAAGUUUUUAAGAUGAAAGAAAUUUCGGAUGCUUUGUAUUUGCAGCCCGACCCUGCGUCAUACAAUUAUAUAAUGCAGAAAGAUUCGAUGACCGUAGCCACUUUGGAUGACUUUAAAGAAUUAAAAUUGGUUCUAGAAGGGCUUCGAAUUUGCGGUGUUUCCGAGGAAGAAGAAAAAGCAUUUUUUAGCAUAAUAGGAUCGGUUCUACAUUUCGGCCAAAUAAAUUUUGAAGAAAAGGCUGGUAAAUUGGAGAUGAAGAAUGAAGAUCAUUUGAAAUUCGCAUGCGAGCUGAUACAAUGCCCUUCGAACCUAAUGAACAAAGCUUUGCUACACAGGAAGAUAGCUUCCGGAAAAGAUAUAGCAAUAGCAAAUCUAUCAAAAUCCGAGGCCUAUUAUGCCAGAGAUGCCCUCUCAAAGACCAUAUAUGAACGUUGUUUUAUAUGGCUAGUGGAACGCAUGAACGAAUGUCAAAAAUGUCAACUUGAAGAUGGGGUUAAAUGUCGAUUAGGUCUUUUGGACAUUUUUGGAUUCGAAAUAUUUAUUCUUAAUAGUUUCGAGCAAUUGUGUAUCAAUUUUUGCAACGAAAAAUUGCAUCAACUUUUUAUCGAAAAGACUCUGAAGGAAGAACAAGAAGAUUAUCUGAGAGAAGGGAUCGAGUGGAUCCCGAUUGAAUAUGAUGAUAAUUCGCCGAUUUGUCAACUCAUACAAGGUGCGCCUAACGGAAUUCUUGGUUUACUAGAUGAAGAAUGUUUAAUGCCCGGUAAUAGAACAGAUAUCACCUUUCACGCUAAGUUGGAAGAUAAGCUGAAAGAUAACCCCGCCUUUGCCACCAGAACAACUGGAGGUUUGGAUAAGGAAUUGAGGAAAGGGCUCAAACCAGAGGAAUUCAAGAUAAAACAUUACGCCGGCCCAGUUGUUUACAGCGUCGCAGGAUUCUUGGACAAGAACAAAGAUCUACUCUUCCGGGACGUUAAGGAAAUUCUCUGUGAUUCUAAGCACCUCAUUUUAAUUAAAACAUUCCACAAGGAUGAAUUGGAUGACAAGAAAAGGCCCUUAUCAGUUGGCACUCAAUUUAAAAACAGUCUAGAAAAACUUCUGACAACCCUGGAGAAAGAAGAAUUGCAUUAUAUAAGGUGCAUAAAACCAAACAUGGAAAAAUUGGCGGACACAAUGGACGAUACAACCAUCAGGCAUCAAGUGAGAUACAUGGGCUUGGUCGAAAAUGUCAGGGUGUGUAGAGCGGGUUUUGCCUAUAAAAGACCUUACGAAUAUUUCAUUAAAAGAUAUUAUUGCAUAUGUCCAUCUACUUGGCCAAAAUAUUAUCAAUUCUCGUCUGUCGAAGCUGUUAAAGAAAUCCUGGAACAUUACAAAUACACUCUAAAUAUUGACUACAAGUUUGGGAAAACUAAAAUUUUUGUGAAAUCAGCCAAAACUAUAUCCCAGAUGGAAACAAAAUAUUCUAAUCGAAAAAUUGAAUUAGUGACAAUGAUUCAAGCCAUUUGGAGAUGCUACAACGUCAAGAAAAUGUGGGAAGAUCUAAGAUUUUCAAUGGUGUUCGUUCAAAAAUGGAUAAGAACAUUUCUAGCUAAACAAAAGUUUUUGAUUCGCAAAAAAGCCGUUAUAACCCUACAAAGAUUCGCUAGAGCUUGCAUAGAUUUAGAAAAGGGAAAAACCGAAACAGAACCUUAUAAAGAUGUACGUGCAUCAUUGAUACUAUAA